AUGAAACCACUGUGUUUCAUCUUGGGCCUUUUGGCCCUUGAAGCCUGUUUCUCGCCUGGUGAGAGUCAAAGAGGGCCCAGAGGACCAUAUCCACCAUAUCCACAGUUGCCGCCUCCUUUUCCUCCACAACCUUUUGACCCAAGAUUUGGUCCACCACCUCCUCCACCUCCUCCCCCUUUUGGCCCAGGGAGAAUUCCACCACCUCCUCCUCCUCUCCCUUUUGGCCCAGGGAGAAUUCCACCACCUCCUCCUCCUCUCCCUUUUGGACCAGGGAGAAUUCCUCCUCCUCCACCUUAUGACCCACGUUAUCCAUAUCCACCUUACCAACCAAAUCCAUAUGUACCUGAACCUGUAGUGAACCCUGGGUACCCUCCAAUAUAUCCUCCCUACUUUACCCCUGCAUCCCUAAUACAAGCUACUACAACAAGCUCCACUACAACCAAAGAAAGCUCCACUACAACCAAAGAAAACCCCACCACCACCAAAAGAGACUCCACCAGCCCUACAACUACUACUUCUACUACCAAAGCUGCAACUACUACUACUACUCCCAAGGGAUUUUUCGAUAAAGUUGCAGACAUUUGGGGAUAAGGAUGAGAUUUCCUAUAGCUCUGAGCUGUGGGGAGAAAUGAUCUUAGAAAGAAGCCAAAACAACCCCACAAACAUUAGGCAAAGUGAAAAUAAAGAG